CCCCAUGCCUCGCUCCCCCAAUAACUUCACCCCAUUACUGUCUCCCCCCCCUCCCUCCCUCCCUGCUCUGCGGUUGCAUUUGUGGUGCUGCGCUCCUCCUCUACCUAACCAACCCCGACGUCACGGACUCCCACGGCUCCGGCUCCGGCCCCCAACCCCAAACCAAAACCCUAUAAGCCGUCUGGUCUGGCCGGAGGCCUCUCCAUCCCCACCCGAAGGUCGCAGAUUCCGGUGUGGCAAUGGCGAGGGCCCCGACCAUGGUCGUCCAGGACGACUACAUCGACAUGGACCUCUCCCCCUCCUCGCCCCAGUGCGCGCUCCUCGAGUUCGAGUUUCAGAGCGCUGGUGGAGGUGGAGGUGGCGGUGUGUCCAGGCGCAGGGAGGAGGCGGCCUACGCGUCGCCGGCGGACGAGCUGUUCUACAGGGGCAAGCUCCUGCCGCUGCACCUGCCCCCGCGGCUACAGCUCGUGCAGAAGCUGCUGCAGGAGCAGCAGGUGAAUGUGUCGGAGAUCAAGCCGGCGGUGGCGGGGCCGGCGGCGCCUAGUGUGAGCGCAAGCGCGGAUGUGGAGGACGGCGGCGACGGCAAGGUGGGCGCCAAGAGGUACUCUUGGUCCAAGAGGCUGAAGCUGAUGAAGCGGUGGACGUCCAGGGAGUACAUCAAGUCCCUCUUCCUCGCCAAGGCAGGUGACCUCGGCAUCGUCAACGGCGGCGGCGGCGGGAGGGAGAGGGCGAGCCUGCUGGACCAAGACGAGCUCUGCAGCCACCGCAGGUCCUUCUCCGGCAUCAUCCGGCGGGUGCGCCUGGUGGUGGCGACGAAGGCGGCGGCGUCGGCGUCGGCUCCGCCGGGGACCUCGCCGCUCUGCUCCUCGUCCUCCGCCUCGUCCUCCUCCUCGUCGACGCCGUCCUGCGGCGACGCGGAGCGGUUCUUCCUCCGUCCGAGGGCGGCGGCGAUGCCGGUGCUGAAGCGGAGCAGCAGCGCCGGGUCGGAGGAGGGGGCCAUCCAGGGCGCCAUUGCCCACUGCAAGAGGUCGCACCAGCAGCUGCUGCAGGAGGGUAGGAAGAGCGCCAGCGGCGUGGUGUUCUACUCCGUGUCCAACACCCCCAGGAUCUCCACCUCCGUCGCCGUCGCGGCCGCCAACGAGUCCUCGCAAGAGAGGCAGGAGAUGUGCAGGGGAUGACUCCAUGAGCUUGGAUGUUUUCUUUCCUUUUCUUUCCCCUUCUUUCUCUCUGGUUUUGGGGGGAGACGUUUGUGAAGAUGAGCAAUGUGCCUGUGAAUUACUUGUGAGGAAUCAAGAACUUCUCUUUGAUUUUUGCCUUGGUUGUCACUGUUCAUGUUCAUCUCU